AUGAUCACAAAGCAAGACCUUUUGAUCAAUUGUGGGAAGAUGCCCAAUGUGAGCUUUAUCCAGGCACUCCCAGAUGAGGAGUCAUUGCCAAAAUCGUAUUAUGAAGCGAAGCAGUUUAGGCGAGACUUGGGUUUUAGCUAUGAGUUGAUACAUCGAUUGUUUAUGUCGAAAGAUAUAGCUAAAGACAUGAGGUGGCACAAAGAUGAGCGACUUGAAGAUGGAGAUUACCUUAGACAUCCUGCCGAUUCAAUAGUGUGGAAAGAGUUUGAUAAAAAACAUGCUUGGUUUGCUGCAGAUUCCCGCAAUGUGCGACUUGGUUUAGCAAGCGAUGGGUUUAAUCCAUUUGGUAACAUGAGUACAUCAUAUAGCAUGUGGCCAGUAGUACUUAUGCUGUAUAAUUUACCUCCAUGGAGGUGUAUGAAGGAUCCAUAUAUGAUUUUGUCCUUACUUAUUCCUGGACGUAAGGCACCUGGAAACAAAAUUGAUGUAUACUUGCAGCCGUUGGUGGAUGAUUUAAAAGAAUUAUGGAAUGAAGGCAUCAAGACGUAUGACACAUCAAAGCAACAUUCAUUUAAGUUGCAUGCAGCGUUAUUAUGGACUAUAAAUGAUUUUCCUGCAUAUGCGAACUUAUCUGGGUGGUCUACCAAGGGAAAGUUAGCAUGUCCCAUAUGUAACGAGAAUACAGAGUCGAGUUAUUUGAAGUCUAGCCACAAAUUGUGUUACAUGGGUCAUCGUCGAUUCUUACCUCAGGAGCAUAAUUGGCGCCAUAAAAAAGAAUUUUUUGAUGGAACUGAAGAGCAUAGGAUAGCUCCUAAUGAAUUAUCAGGAGAUCAACUGUUACAACAACUAAUGAAUGUUCCAAAAGUGCAAUUUGGAGAUGAUAAAGCUACAAGAAAAAGAAAGCGCACGAAGAUCGAGUUGAAUUGGACAAAGAAAAGUACACUGAUGUAUGAUAGUGGAAAAAGGAAAAAUAAAGACACUUCUAAAGCACGAAAGGAUUUAGAAGAUAUGGGCAUACGUAAAGAUUUGCACUUACAGAAAAUUGGUACAUCUACAAAAAUGCCACAAGCAAAGUAUACAUUGACAAAAGCUGAGAAUACAAGAUUCUGUGAUUGGCUAAAAAAUGUAAAGUUUCCUGAUGGGUAUGCAUCUAACAUUAGUAGAUGUGUGAACACCAAUGAGGGUACGAUUUCAGGAAUGAAAAGUCAUGAUCUUCAUGUACUCUUACAACGAUUACUUCCUGUUGCAAUUCGUGGAUAUUUCAAUGAUAAUAUACGUACAACAUUGAUUGAAUUGUGUUUAUUUUUUAAGGACUUGUGUUCACAAACAUUGAAGUUAGAUGUCUUAAAUCAAAUGAAGGAAGACAUUGUUGUGAUUUUAUGCAAAAUGGAAAUGAUAUUUCCACCUUCUUUUUUCGAUAUAAUGGUACAUCUAGCUCUUCAUUUACCUCGAGAGGCAGAGCUUGCAGGUCCUGUUCAAUUUCGUUGGAUGUAUCCAAUUGAAAGGUUUCUUGGUAAAUUAAAGCGGUUUGUGCGAAACAGAGCACGUCCAGAAGGGUCAAUUGCUGAGGGAUAUUUAUCUAUUGAAUGUUUGACAUUUUGCUCCAUGUAUCUUCGUGAGAUUGAGACAGUAUGGAGUUGUGAGGAGCAGAAUAGCGAUAGUGAGCAUUAUUUGGAGAUCCAGGGAGAAGGCAUCAUUGACAUUGAUCAUAAGCAUGAAGUUGAAUUCGAAAAUUGGUUUAAAGAUCAUAUAUGUGGGAGUAAUGCGACAAAUGUGUCAAAAGAAUUAUAUAGUCUUGCAUGCGGAUCUGAUGCUCUAGUUGCAGUUUACCAAGGUUGCAUUGUGAAUGGUGUUAGGUUCCACACAAAAGACCGUGAACAUACUCGUCGUACUCAAAAUAGCGGUGUCUUUGUUUCGGGUGAAGAUGGUGGAACAAAAACUAACUAUUAUGAUGAGUUGAGGAAUGUUUUGGAGCUAACCUAUAUGGGCAAUAAUCGUGUAUAA